GUCCACACCCAAACUCGCUCACUGGAAUUGAUUUCAUCUAUGAUUCAGAAAACAUGUCUACAAAUGUCGAUUUAGCACAAUACCAACCAAAUAUAAGACUGCAAUUUUCAGGGUCAGUUUAGCUGCAGUAUGUCAGAGGAAAGAGGAAAGGACUCUCUCUCUCAGAUGAGUCUCUCAGAGAAACACAGUGUAAGAUCAGGCUCACAUGUGUCCAGCUCUGUGUCUCUGAAGAGUGAUCACUCUAAAGAAGGACUUCCACCAGCCUUCAGUGAGAAAACACCAUCAUCUAAUAAAAGUGUAAGAUCAGGCUCACGUGUGUCCAGCUCUGUGUCUCUGAAGAGUGAUCGGUCUAAUGUUCUUCCACCAGACUUCAGUGAGAAAACACCAUCAUCUAAUAAAAGGCUUCAAUAUGAGACAUUAGACUCAGACCUUCAGACUCACAGGAAACACAAGAAUUUCAAAGACAAUCUUCUUGGGAUCUUCCAGGAUCUUGAGAGCAAAAUAAUCACAUUUCUGAAGAAUGAACUGGAGAAGUUAAAGAAAAUAUUACAACAUGAGAACACACAACACUUUGUGAAGGACUUUAAUGAGAACAGAUCCAGUAUCAAAUCAGCAGCUCUUGAUCUCACACUACAUUACCUGAGAGAGAUGAAGCAAGAUGAAGCUGCUGAUGCUCUAGAAGGUGAGCUGUUCUUCAUUCAUCAGCUGAAAUGUGGCCUAAAGAAGAAGUAUCAAUGUGUGUUUGAAGGAAUGGCGAAGCAAGGUGACUCCACACUCCUGAAUAACAUCUACACAGAUCUCUACAUCACUCAGGGUGGCAGUGAACAGGUCAAUACUGAACAUGAGGUGAGACAGAUUGAAGUUGCUUCCAGACGUCAUGAAGCACAAGAGAUACAGGUUGAAUGCACACAUUUGUUUGAAGCGCCUGAACAAGACGAGAAGAUCCGAACUGUACUGACAAAAGGAGUCGCUGGCAUCGGGAAAUCAGUCUCUGUGCAAAAGUUUGUUCUGGACUGGGCUGAAGGAAAAGAAAAUCAAGAUAUCAGCUUCAUAUUUCCUCUUCCAUUCAGAGAGAUGAACUUAAAGGAGAAAGAAAAACUAAGUUUGAUGGACCUUAUAACUCAGUUUUUCCCAGAGACAAAAGGACUGAACCUUACAAGAAGGAAUCAGUUCAAAGUGCUGUUCAUCCUUGAUGGACUGGACGAAUGUCGCCUUCCUCUGAAGUUUGAUUGUAAUGAAACGUGGCGUGAUGUAUCGUCACCAGCCUCUCUGGAUGUUCUCCUAACGAACCUCAUGAAGGGAAAUCUGCUUCCUUCUGCUCUCGUCUGGAUCACCAGCAGACCAGCAGCUGCCAGUAAGAUUCCUCCUGACUGUAUCGACCGGCUGACAGAGAUACGAGGAUUCAGCGACGCACAAAAGCAAGAGUACUUCAGAAAAAGAUUCAAGGAUGAUAUUCAAGCCAACACAAUCAUAGAUCAUGUUAAACAAUCAAAGAGUCUCUUUAUCAUGUGCCACAUCCCAGUCUUCUGCUGGAUUUCAGCCACUGUUCUCCAGAACAUUCUGGAGGAGAAGAGAAAUAAUGAUGUGAGAAACACUCAGGCUGAUGAGAUCUCUAAAACACUGCAGGAAUCAAACACUGAAGACACUCCCAAGACUCUGACACAAAUGUACACACACUUUCUCCGCUUUCAGAUCCAGCAGAGCCGCCGGAAAUAUGAUGGAGAAUACACACCAGAUGUUUCCUGGGAUAAAGACACCAUCCUUUCACUGGGGAAACUGGCAUUUCAUCAGCUGGAAAGAAACAACCUGAUCUUCUAUGACACAGACCUGGAAGCCUGUGGUCUUGACGUCUAUAAGGCAUCAGUGUACUCAGGCAUGUGUACCCAGAUCUUUAAGGAGGAAACAGGGAUCGUUCUUGGUACCAUGUACUGCUUUGUUCACUUGAGCAUUCAAGAGUUUAUUGCAGCCCUUUAUGCACAUCUGUUUCUAAACAUCAACAAUACAAGUGUGUUUGAUCAUGAGUCUACAGAACAGAAAAACAGAAAUGAAACCAUGAUUGAUUUUCUCAAGACUGCAGUGGACAAGGCGCUGGAGAGUGACAAUGGACACCUGGACCUUUUCCUUCGCUUCCUCCUCGGUCUGUCACUCCAGUCCAAUCGACGACUCUUACGAGGUCUGUUGACACAGCGAGACGGCACUCACCGGAGCAACAAGGGGACAGUUCGACGACUCUUACGAGGUCUGUUGACAAAGAGAGACGACACUGACCAGAGCAACAAGGAAAUAGUUCAGUACAUCAAGCAGAAAUUAGCAGAUAAUCUUCCUGCAGAGAGAUCCAUCAAUCUGUUCUACUGUCUGAAUGAACUGAACGACCAAACUCUGGUGAACGAGAUUCAGACCCACCUUAGCAAAGGAAGUCUCUCAUCUGGUGACCUUUCACCUGCCCAGUGGUCUGCUUUAGCCUUUGUGUUGUUGACAUCAGAGGAAGAGCUGGAGGAAUUUGAGCUUCAGAAAUUCAAGAAAUCAGACGAGUGUCUCAUUAGAUUAUCGGCAGUCAUUAAAGCCUCCAGAAGAGCUCUGUUAAAUGAUUGUAACUUAACAGACAAAAGCUGUUCAUCUCUGGCUGCAGUUCUUGGAUCAGACACCAAUCUGAAAGAGCUGAACAUGAACAAUAAUAAUCUGCAGGAUUCAGGAGUGAAGCUGCUCUGCACUGGACUGAAGAAUAUAAAGUGUAAAUUGGAGAUACUGAGGUUAAGAUACUGUUAUAUGACAGAUGAAGGUUGUUCUGAUGUGACUUCAGCUCUGAAAUCAAACCCGUCACACCUGAGAGAGCUGGACCUGAGCGGGAAUAAUCUAGGAGACUCUGGAGUGAAAAACCUCAGUGAUCUACUGAUGAACCCACAAUUCAAGCUGGAGAAACUACAUCUGUGUGGAUGCAGUAUUACAGAGAAACAGAGUCUCAUCCUGACUUCAGCUCUGAAAUCAAACCCGUCACACCUGAGAGAGCUGGACCUGAGCGAGAAUAAACUAGGAAACACAGGAGUGAAGCACUUAUGUGCCGUACUGAAGGAUUCACACUGUAAACUGGAGAGAUUGAGGUUAAGCUGCUGUUAUAUGACAGAUGAAGGUUGUUCUGAUGUGACUUCAGCUCUGAAAUCAAACCCGUCACACCUGAGAGAGCUGGACCUGAGCAGGAAUAAUCUAGGAGACUCUGGAGAGAAAAACCUCAGUGAUCUACUGAUGAACUCACAAUUCAAGCUGGAGAAACUACAUCUGAAUGAUUGCAGUAUUACAGAGAAACAGAGUCUCAUCCUGACUUCAGCUCUGAAAUCAAACCCGUCACACCUGAGAGAGCUGGACCUGAGCAGGAAUAAACUAAGAAACACAGGAGUGAAGCACUUAUGUGCCGUACUGAAGGAUUCACACUGUAAACUGGAGAGAUUGAGUCUUCAGUACUGUGGCAUUAUAGAUGUUUCUUCUUUAACUCAGUCUUUGACGAACUCAAAAGCACUGCAGUUUUUAAAAGAGCUUGAUCUGAGAGAGAAUAAGAUCGGAGACUCAAAGCAGCGGCUCAGAGACGAACUACGAGACUCAAACUGUGUCCUGAGAGUAUAUUAAGAUCGACUGGCAAUCGUCAGUGGAUUUCCAUCAAGGUUUAAAUCUGUGAAACGGAGAUGAGAAGAGCAGAAACCAUCAGGUGAUCCACAGAAGAGUCUCACUGCUGUCUAUGAGGAGAAAUACAUGUGUAAAUGUGUUUCAUACAGGUGGAAGAGACUCAGACUUCACUAUUAAAUAAAGCAGCGUGUGUGUUAGCAUGCGUAUUAGAAACAUGUGAUAUUGAAUGAUUAAUGUUGGUUUAUUAUUCAGCCAAAUGAUGGUUUAGUUGUAAUUAAAGGUGGAACAGAGGAAGAAGCUCAGAUGAGUGUCAGCAGAAAUCUUCACUAUCAGGCCUGCAAAUAUAAUAA